UAGAGUGUACGUCACCUAUAUUUGACAUUCUCGGCUCCUAAGUCCAAAAAUGCCAUCUUCAACAUCCCCACACCCUGACCCUAGUGCCGUCGAGCCACACCCCGAGCGACCAAAGAAUAUGAAUGGCGACGUAGACUAUGUACCUCACCCCGAAAGAUCCAUCUCUAUCUCCCCUGCUCGGGCGGCAAUUCAGAAAAGUAUCAUUGCCCUUUACGGUGGCAGCGCCUCCGAAGAUGACAUGAAGGCCUACGCCGAAAAGGCAAUCUACGACGAUCCGUUCAGUUAUUGCGACACGCGGUACAAGAUAGCUGGCCAGUGGUAUGGUAUCCCGAAACUAUUUGCCAAGUCUGAGACGUUGGCUACGGAGGUCACCUCGUCGACAGAGCACGAGCUUGUGUGGAAGCAGCGACAGAAGUACACUUUUGCUGGUAUUCAUGCGUCUAAAAUUGCAGACAGUCUUAUUAGCCUUAAGCUUGAAGGUAAAGAGCCUAAUGAGAAGGUCGUGUAUCACAAGGAUAUGUGGAAUUCCAAGGACUAUUCUCAUGAAGGGCUCGGUGUGCUCAUCAAGAAGCUGAACGGGGACAAGUUGACAAAUGUCACCAAGCCUCCUGAAUCGGUGUGAAGGCGGAAGCUGAAGCCUAGAAGUUCCAACAAUGAAAAUGCCUAAUGUGCUCAUAAGCACAAAGUCUUAUCAGUGUGUAUAAAAUAGCUGUAUCACCUGCUUAGAUGCAUGGCCUGAGC